AUGUCCCACAAUGUGCUGGAGGUGCAAUUGACGAGCCGAAAAAGGAGUCACGAUGAGUACAGUGAUUACGUGAAUAUGGAUCAAGAGCAAGAGCAAGAUGCCAAGUCCUUGAGGGCCACCUCCCUCCGGCCAGCCGAGAACAGCUUGCUUCCGCCGCAAGUGCUGCUGGCUGGGGUAUGUUCAUCGCCAGGCGGGCUUGGAUCGCCGGCUCUCAACGAGGCUGGAAGUAGCACCCCGGCGCCCAACUCGCCUCGUCCGCUUACGCCGACAAAGCAGCCUACUCCAGGAAAGGUGGCCGAGGGAGAUGAUGCAGCCCCCGUGACGGCUAGGGUCAGCAAAGACGCCGCACCUAAAAGAAAACGUCUGACGGCCGAGGAAAAGGAAACCAAGGAGAAGGAAAUGGCUGAGAAGAAGAAGGAGCGCGAGGAACUGGCAGCGAAAAAGGCAGCCGAGAAAGCAAAACAAGAGGAGGAGAAAGCUGCCCGUGCCAAGGAGCGCGAGGAACAGGCAGCGAAAAAGGCAGUCGAGAGAGCAAAACAAGAGGAAGAGAAAGCUGCCCGUGCCAAGGAGCGCGAGGAACAGGCAGCGAAAAAGGCAGUCGAGAAAGCAAAACAAGAGGAAGAGAAAGCUGCCCGUGCCAAGGAGCGAGAUGAAAAGAGGCGCAAGAAGGAAGAAGAGCAGCGGCGACUUCAGGAAGAAAAGGACAAGAAAGCCAGGAGCCAACCUAAACUCAACGCCUUCUUUACAACGCCCGUGGCCCCAAAGAAGAACGACGGAGACGACGGCACGGAAACUGGCAGCCUCCCCAAUAUCAACAGCCCGAGCAUGGCGGGAAACCCGGCAGCAACGCAUUAUGACAAGCUUUUCAAACCGUUUUUCGUUCGACACAACACGCGAUUAGCUCCCCCAUCGACGCAAAUGGAUGAACAGACCAAAAAUGCCAAGUCGCAAAUCCUGGAUACCUUGAUCGCAGGACAGACUAGGGGUUCCGACGUACAGAAACAGCCUUUCGACCCCGUCGAACUCUUAUGCCUCGCCUCGAAACCACCCAGACGCGGACGUAUCCAUCAUCCUGUCAAGCACAUCAUGGAAACAGCUUACAGGGAAGCAGAAAGCUCUAGCGGCACGGGAAGAGUGGCUGGCCAUAUGUACGGGGAAGCGAGACAGAAGCUCGCAGGGAUCCCUCAGAAAAUCAUUGCUUUUUCCCGAGACGUCCGGCCCCCUUACUACGGCACCGUCACUCUGCAGCCGUAUAUCCUAGGUCGCCGCACCAUGAGCAAGCUGGCGCGCCUUCCUAUCGGCAGACAACUUCCGCUGGACUACGACAACGAUUCAGAAGCUGAGUGGCAGGAAGACGAAGGGGAAGACGUUGACAUGGAAGACGACGAGGAAGAGCUCGACGACGAGGAUGACAUGGACGGCUUCUUGGAUGACUCGGAUGAUGCCGGGCUCUCUAGACGUGUAUUCGGAAGCACGUUGGAACCAGAAAGCACCGGCAUCUGCUUUGAGAAUCAUCAUCGUCUGGGACCAAGCAGUACAAUGUAUGAGCACAAGAUGGAGUUCAUUUGCGAAGGUUUACAGAGCUCCUGGGGCGUCGACCCUUUCUCCGCUCAGUACUGGGAACCGGAGACGAAAGCCACCAGAGCCAAAACCGCGCAAGCUGCCAAUGGCGAAGCCGCCGAAAUGGCCCCUCCACCGGCUCCUGCCAAUGCCUUUGCGGCCCUCGACGGCGAAGUGGCCAACAGCGCGACUUCGGCCAAGCUGGUCAAGGCCGAGCUGUUGAACGACGUCAAACAAGCCAUCCUGGAUAACAGGGCCUUGUCCAAGGCUGGCAUCAUCGACUUUAUUUUCCAUCAAUUCCGGAACAAGGCCUCUCGCGCCGAAGUCAAAAACACGCUGGAGCUUGUCGCCGAGAAGAAGGGAUCUGGGCGAAUCAAGGAAUGGGACCUGAAGCCGGGACACGAAAUAGAGUGGUGA